AACAGUCAAGUCAACUCAAAUUGUUUAAAAACAUUGUUAUCAGGUGCAGAAAUUUGAAUAUUUUAACCGAAUAUAUUUGGUUUCAAAUUGGUAUUUAUAUAUUUAGUAGAAAGGAAAGACAAACUGCUGUAGUUCAUAAUGUUAAAUACAAUUUUAAAACAAUUACAAUUACUCAAAGAUCAAGAAUUGUAUUCAAAUAUGUGUAAAGUUUGCGAAUUAGCCUUAACUUUAGCAGAUCAAAAACCUGAUAUUUUCCACCUACCUGUUAAAUUACAAAUAACUGUUUAUUAUGCUGAUGCAUGUUUUCACACUCAAAAAUAUGUCCAAGCAGAAGCAUUAUACAGACAAGGACUUCAAAUGAGAAAAAACUAUGUAAUGAAGUCCAAAAAUGCCAGCAAUAAAUUAGAUAAUCAAACUGCUGUUUUAAGUGAUACUGAUAUAAAGUACCAAAUUUAUUUAUGCUGCAUGGCCCUAAAACAAAAGAAUGCUGCUUGUGAAAUAUUGCAGAUGAUUCUUGCUAGACAUCGAACUCCAAAGGUAAAUAUGGCUCUUGGAAAUAUUUAUAAAGAAGUUGGACAAGAAAGAGCUGCAAUAACCUGUUUUAAAGAAGUUCUGAGAGAAUGUCCUAUGUCACUAGAAGCAGUUGAAAAUCUUUUGAAAAUGGGAGUUAAGGGAAUUGAGGUUAAUUCUUUGAUGCUGCAAGUAACUUCUGAAAUCACUUGGUUGAAUCAGUGGAUCAAAGCUCAAGCCCAGCUGAAUGUAAAAGACUUUGCAGGUGCUAUUAAGACUUACAAAAAUAUGGAUAUGUAUGGAUUGUUAAAGGACAAUACUGCAUUAUUAGUUAGUAUGGCACAUUGCUACCAUUAUAUGUGUGAUGAUGCUAAAGCGAUUUCUAUAUUACAAAAGUGUCUUCGAUUAGAUCCCAAUUUAGUUAAUGGAAGAGAUCUGCUAUCAACCUUAUUAGCAGCAUCGGGUACAAAAGAACAUAUACGAGCUUUAGAAGCAAUGACCCCUACCAUGGACAUGUCAGCAUGGAGUGCGGAGCAUUGGGUGGUUUUAGGAAAUUAUAUGUAUGCUUUAAAAAAAUAUGACAAAGCUGCUUAUUUUGGACAACAGGCUUGUUUACUUGAUAGAAGAAAUAUCGAAGCACUUCUUUUAAAAGCAAAUACUUUGUUGCAAAUUAAAAAAUAUUCUGACGCUGCUACUCAUUGUACUGAAGCGUUACAAUUGUGUAAUUAUAGGCAUGAUAUUCACAAAUGCUGUGUUGAAUCCUACAUCCAAAGUAACAGGAUUAGAGAAGCUGAAUCGGUAGCAGUAAAUGCUUGCAAUCAAAUGAAUUUUAGUGCACAAGCAUAUUGUUUGCAUGCAUCUGUAUUACUAAAGGAUCCUAUGGCUUCCAGUAGAACCGUCAGAAAAAUUUUAGAGAAAGCAGUAGCACAAGAUAAAACAGGAGUCACAAAUGCAUUGCCCAUGUUGGUUGAAUUUUUGGAAAGCGAGCAGCAGUACGGUCCAGCUUCGCACCUCCUACUAAAGCACAUAGAAACUCAUAAACCGUCAUCGAGACUUCAUCAACUCUUGGGUGAUUGUUUUGUUAAUCUUCAAAAAGAUGACGAAGCAUUCCAUCAUUAUACACUGGCAUUGAAGUUGGAUCCUACAAAUCAGAGAGCUACAGAAGGCUUGAAUAAUAUCGGUAGGAGCUUAUCGCUUAGUAAACGAGAUAGUUACUAUACUUGCGUCGGAGGUGAGACUACUUAUAAUUCUCAAGUCACUAAUUCUUCCGAUCCCGAUGUUGAUGUUGAAAGUGUAGAUCCUUGGCAACGUGAUAUUGAAAGUUUCGACGAAUGUUAAAUAUUGUACUGAUUAUGUAAAUUUUAUUUUGUAUAUUUGAUAAUUAUCAAUACUCUAUUGUUUAUAUUAAACUAUGUUUUUAUAUUAUUACAUAUUAUUUUGCCAUUAAACUCUCAAUUUAU